GUGUUCUCCCGGCAUCGGCCUUUAAACCCUAGUCCUAAUAACACGAACCCUAAACCCAUAUUCCCAUUUCCCGCGCGCCAUGGCGGAAGGUGCCUCCUUCCUCAAAGCCGUCGAGCUUCGCCUCCUGCGCUGCUCUCUCUUUCACCCUCUCUCUUCUCCGCCUCCAAUCGCCCACCCUCUCAUAGAAUCCCUCGUCGACUCCAUCGAACAAGGGCGCUACGCUGAUGUGCUCUCUUCAUCGGAGGCGACUCAACUACUCUUUGGCUUCGCUGAUUCUUGGGAAUUCGAUGAAUCAACCGAAGGAGCUUCCCAGUUCUACGACGAAGUUGAGAGGAACAUCGACCGGUUUUUGCGGAGGGAUUCUGAGACUUGGCUCCAGGUCCUCGACGAGGGCGGGGGUGAUGAUUCGGACGUGGAGUUCCGAUAUGCCCUUGUAAUGUGCUUGGGUGUUGCUGCGCUUCUUGCUUUCACCCAGCAGAAUGUCACUGGCCCUGUUGGGAACUAUUCUCCUUUUCCUGUCCUGAUUCGGGGGAAAGAGUGGCCUGUUAAUGGUGAAACGCAGUGGGAUGCUUGGGCGCAGAAUCAGAUCACAUCCAUUGGUUGCGGUUUGCUUGGGAAAUUUUCUCUGCUCCAGUAUAUUGUUUAUGCGAAAGUAUUAUUAAGCAAGUUAUGGGACUUGUCAAAGGCGGUGAUGGACACUGGUAUAAUUGGUUGCAGAACUACCUCAUGGUGGCUUUGCCGACUCACUCUUCUGCAACAAAGAAUAUUAGAUGAGCUAUCUUCUUCAUUGUAUGGCUUGCUAAAAAUAUUCAGGGAUGAAACCUUGCUUCAUUUUGGCAAGUCAGAGAAUAUUAUGGAUUAUUGGGGUUCUAUGUCAUGCAUUGAAGAAGCUUCGAUGAUUACAUCAAUGGCUUAUUUAGAAGCAGCGAUUCUUGAAUACAAGUUUGGUCGAGUUGACAAUUCAAGGUCCUAUCUUGACUCUGCUGAAAAAGCAUGUGGACUGCAUCUUUUUCUUACUGGUGCUCUUGGCUUUCGUACUGCCCACCAGGUUGAUGCAAAGGCUCAAAUGAUACUUAUCUCAGAAACUGAUCAUCAAAAUCAAGGCAACGGAAGUCCAAUAGAUUCGAGUCAGGCUCAAGACAAUGACCAUGCUUCUGAUAACAAUGGUGAUCCAAACACUAAUGGGCAUCUUGAUUGCUCAGAUAUAUUGCGGAGGCCAAGACUGGUGGAAAAUGAUAAUGAUGGUCAAGUAAGUAAUGUUAGUAGAAAUGUCGCAUUAACUGCAAUGCAACAAGCUGUGGUGCUUGCACAAUGCUUACAUCUCAAGAGAAGAAGUCGCGAGGAUGAAUUAUCGAGGUGGGAAAUGGCCCCAUAUAUAGAAGCUAUAGAUGCUCAACAACAAUCUUGCUUCACUAUCAGAAAUUUUUGUGAUUUAUUGCGUAUUGGUUGGGAGUCCACCCGUAGUCGCACAAAACAGCGUGCCUUGUUGAUGAUGGAUAAAGUGGUAGAAGGUGUAAAAGCAGAUUCACCUGUAGUUGCGAAAAGGAUUCAAUUUUCAUACGGGGUUUAUUUCCCAGCAAUUCCUGCAUUGAGAAAAGAGUAUGGGGAGAUUUUGGUGAGCUGUGGCCUGAUUGGGGAAGCACUGAAAAUUUUUGAAGAUCUGGAAUUGUGGGAUAACUUGAUCUAUUGUUACCGUUUACUAGACAAAAAGGCAGCAGCUGUUGACCUCAUCAAUGCUAGACUCCUUGUGAUGCCUACAGAACCAAAACUAUGGUGUUCACUAGGUGAUGUAACUAAUGAUGAUGCUUAUUAUGAGAAAGCAUUGGAAGUUUCAGACAAUAAGUCGGUUCGAGCUAAGCGAUCUCUAGCUCGUAGUGCAUACAACAGGAAGGACUAUGAAACAUCCAAAAUCCUAUGGGAAGCUGCAAUGGCCCAGAAUUCCUUCUAUCCUGAAGGUUGGUUUGCGCUUGGUUUUGCUGCAUUAAAGGCUGGAGACUAUGAAAAAGCUGUAGAUGGUUUUACUCAAACAGUGCUGUUUGAUCCUGAAAAUGGAGAUGCUUGGAACAAUAUUGCCUGCUUGCACUUGAAGAAGAAGAAGACAAAAGAAGCUUUCGUUGCUUUCAAGGAAGCACUGAAAUUCAAGAGGAACCGUUGGGAACUUUGGGCAAAUUAUAGCAAGGUUGCUUUUGACAUAGGUAACAUUGGGCAGGCUUUGGAGGCUAUAAAAAAGGUCUUAGAGCUUCAUGGAAAUAAAGGUAUUGAUGUUGAACUAUUGGAUAAAAUAAUGGAGAAGAUUGAAGAGAAGUCCGCCCAGCCUGUGGUUACUUCUGACGAAGAUUCUACCCCUGAAAAUUCACGAGAAAUAGAUUUCUUGGUUGGCAUGGUUGGCAAUAUUCUGCAGCUGGCCAUUCGAGGUGGUGGGAGUGAAGGGUUGUGGGGCCUAUAUGCGAGGUGGCACAAAAUUAAAGGUGAUCUACUUAUGUGUAAAGAAGCCCUGUUGAAGCAAAUUAGGUCAUACCAGGGAUCGGAUAUGUGGCAUGAUGUGGAGCGGUUUAAAAAAUUUGCCCAUGCCUCUUUGCAACUAUGCCAGGUUUGCAUGGAAAUUGCUUUGUCAACUGGAAACCAUUCAGAACUCGCCUGGGCAGAGAGACAUUUAAGCAACACAAUAAAACAGGCUGUCGAUUUCUCGGGUACUGAUGAAUACAGGGAUCUCAAGAACUGCCUUGAUAAAGUACAGAAUCAAUAAAAUGCUUCUCGCUACCACAACCAUACAAUGCAAGGCACUACGACUUAAUCGGAGCAAGACUUUCCACUGAUCGGCGCGUUAAAUGGUCAUUAGUUAAAUAACACAGUAAUUCAGUAUAGAAGAAUGCAGGAAAAAAAGAGAGAGAGAAUGAUGCUUGUGUUAUAGCCCUUGAGAGCAACAACUAUGUAUGCCCAGCAUAUAUGUCUUGAUUUAGAUUUAUUUAUAUUUACUACAUAAAUAUAUAUAAGUACAUAUUCAUGAUAUGUUUAAUUGAGAUUUCUUGUCAUCUUGUAAGAUUGUAAUAUCUUGUUUGGGAGUAGUGAUUGGAAACAUCAAACAUCAAUCAAAUUGAUGCAAGGAUUCUAGCUGACAUUGCUAGGCUGGCUAUCUAUCAACAAAAGAAAAUUCUUGUAAA